AUGGCUGAAAUCCGCCGAAAGCUCGUCAUCGUCGGCGACGGUGCCUGCGGUAAAACCUGCUUGCUGAUUGUUUUCUCCAAGGGAACAUUCCCCGAGGUCUACGUCCCCACCGUCUUUGAGAACUACGUCGCCGACGUCGAGGUUGAUGGCAAACACGUCGAGCUUGCCUUAUGGGAUACGGCUGGUCAAGAGGAUUACGACCGCCUCCGCCCCCUUUCCUAUCCCGACUCCCACGUUAUUCUCAUCUGCUUUGCCGUCGACUCGCCCGACUCUCUCGACAACGUCCAAGAGAAGUGGAUCUCCGAGGUCCUUCAUUUCUGCCAGGGCUUGCCCAUCGUCCUGGUUGGCUGCAAGAAGGAUCUGCGAUACGACCAGAAGACUCUGGACGAGCUGCGGAAGACCAGCCAGAAGCCCGUGAGCCCCGAGGAGGGCGAGGAGGUUCGCAAGAAGAUCGGCGCGCACAAGUACCUCGAGUGCUCGGCCAAGACUAACGAGGGUGUUCGCGAGGUGUUCGAGAACGCCACACGCGCUGCUCUCCUGUCUCGCAACAGCCGCAAGAGCAGCCACCGCAAAAAGUGCCUUGUCCUGUAG